GGUUCCGAGAAGGAGAGAGCGAGGGGUGCGAGCGCAGGUUUCUGCCGCGGCGCGCGAGCGGAGCUGGGGGCGCAGCAUCCUCAGCGUCCACCCGGGCUGGCAGCUGCACUGGCCGACAUGUGACGGAGGAAAGCCCCUCGCAUCAUCUGCCGCCGCCUUCAAAGGGGUCCCAGAGCGCUCGCCGAGGCCGGCAGCCAGAGCCUCUUUACCAGCAGCGGUGCGGGACGGGAGCGGCGAGGCACACCGGCUCGCGGGUUCCAGGCUCGCACUCUGGAAAGAGCGCAGCGGGGACCACCGCCUGGCUCGCAGUCGGCACAACUCCGAGGCCAGCAGAGCGCGGCUGGACUGCGUCCCGAUUCCCGCCGACUUCAACCAGAGUGACCCGCCGCUCCAGCCAGUCCCUCUGCACCGCCUGGAGUUCCAGAUCGCCCGGAAUCUGCGCCAACCCGCACGCCCAGGUCCCCGCAACGCCCUGGGCCGGAUGGAGAGCGCGCCUGCAGCUGAUCCCUGACAGCUGACGCCGCCGCCGCCGUCCGAGCUGCACACCGAGGUCUCCCACCCCAGGCUAGUUCUUGCUGGAGGGUGGGGGGUGCCCGAGACGUGGGGGAGCGCGCACCAUGAAGUCGGCGCUGUGCAGCCGCUUCUUCAUCCUCCUGCCCUGGAUCCUGAUCGUCAUCAUCAUGCUGGACGUGGAUCCCCGCAGGCCCGCGCCCCAACUCACUUCGCGCCCCUACUUCUCUCCCCACACAGUGGGCUGCGGGGGCUCCCGAGUCCCGCUCCGGCGGGGCAGCCUAGGGCGUGACGCUGCCGAGAAGCGCAACGAGUCCCGGCCUCCGUUGCAGCCGGAGCCGCGGUUGCCCACCAUCUAUGCCAUCACGCCCACCUACAGCCGCCCGGUGCAGAAAGCCGAGCUGACCCGCCUGGCUAACACGUUCCGCCAGGUGGCGCAGCUGCACUGGAUCCUGGUGGAGGAUCGAGCCACACGCAGCGAGCUGGUGAGCAGCUUCCUGGCGCGGGCCGGGCUGCCCAACACGCACCUGCACGUGCCCACACCGCGGCGCUACAAGCGGCCGUGGCUGCCGCGCGCCACCGAGCAGCGCAACGCGGGCCUCGCCUGGCUGCGCCAGAGGCACCAGCACCAGAGCGCGCAACCCGGGGUGCUCUUCUUCGCCGACGACGACAACACCUACAGUCUGGAGCUCUUCCAGGAGAUGAGGACCACCCGCAAGGUCUCCGUCUGGCCUGUGGGCCUAGUUGGCGGGCGACGCUAUGAACGUCCAUUGGUGAAAAAUGGCAAAGUUGUCGGCUGGUACACCGGGUGGAGAGAAGACAGGCCUUUUGCCAUUGACAUGGCAGGCUUUGCUGUGAGUCUGCAAGUCAUCUUGUCCAAUCCUAAAGCUGUAUUUAAGCGCCGUGGAUCCCAGCCAGGGAUGCAAGAAUCUGACUUUCUAAAGCAGAUAACAACAGUUGAAGAACUGGAACCAAAAGCUAGUAACUGCACCAAGGUUCUCGUGUGGCACACUCGGACAGAGAAGGUCAAUCUAGCCAACGAGCCCAAGUCCCACCUGGACACAGUGAACAUUGAGGUGUAGCCGCCAAGACCAGCAGGUGUAGAAGGGGAAGUCUGGAGUUUAGGCUGCAGCUCAUUCAGGUAUUGUUCCUUUUUCUUCAGUCUUUCCUGGCAGCCGAUGGACAUCUGUUAAAACAGCUAACUGGAUGCUACAAAAUGUGUUGUCUUCAUUUGUUCUGCAUGUGUUCUCAAAAACGUAACUGGGAAGAUUUUCGUACAAUGAACUAUAUGACAC